GGACCAGAAGGUAUUCUUUUCUUUCUGUCUUGCCUCAACAACUCGGUGAAGUGAAGGUCUGUUCAUCUAUUCAUUCUUGAGAUUUCCUGACUCGACGCAUAUUCGAAAUAUAUACAAGCAUAUAAACAUCUUCGAGUUCUGAAUUUCACCGACUGUUGUAAAUAUCGUACUUCCUCAUUGAUCUACUUACCUAAAACAAACGAAAUCUCGCGACUUGUUUGAUACUUGAUCUUGACGACUAAGGACAGCCAUUACUGUUUUCAUUUCGCAGAUAGUACGGACGAAGCACCUCUGACGGGCUCGGAACACUCUUUCCAAAUCGAUCUACCAAUCCUUUCCGAUAUCAGUCUUCACACUCUCUGAACCAACCAAUUUAUUCACUCUCUCGCUUCUCUUCUCCUUCAUUUUGUCUGACGACCAAAUCCUCCCACGAUCACAAUCUCACUCAACCACUCCACGCCCCACAACCCACACAAACGCAACCAUGGUUAAACUUAUCGACAUGAUCAACCAGAAGUUGGAGCUCUACAGGCUUGAGAAGCGAUAUAUCAAUAGUCGAAACCGUCGCAGCACAUUUGUCUCGGAUGCAGUAUAUGUCGACGGUGAAUACUACUCUGCAAACAACACAUAUUCUGCAAACUGCACAGCAGGCGACGGAGAUAGUGGAAGCAAUUCAUCCUCAUCAAAGGAAAGCAAAGUUUCAAAAGAUACAACGGGAAAGACAAUGGCGUCAACAAGAUCGAAGAGAUCGAGUCUGAUGGAUUGGAGGCGAGGAAGUGUAAGGGGGAAACAUGGCGAUAGGGAAGGGACGAAGGUUAGUGUAAGAGAGUUGAAUUGGGAUGGAAGCGUGAGAUCAUAACUUGUAAUUGCUACUGGUGAAGAAGUGGUUCGAUUCUUUCAAGUGGAUGCAUUGUUGAAUGCACACUGGUUCAAUGCUUUUCAGCGAUAAAGUUUUCUUGUUUACGGAUUUUAUGAUUGUGAUUAAGUAGGGGGGUUACCAGCAAUCACCCUUUGUUAUUUGUUAAGUUGAGCAUUUGCUGCUCGGCGGCUAGAGGGUGGAGUUUAUUUAUUUUCUUUGUUCAUAUUUUGCUGGCAUUAUUGGAGAAAAGUCGAUGGUGAAUGGGACGGGGUACUUGAUAACUGGUCAAGGGGCAGAAAUCAAGAUGGUAUCUCAUUUGCAUAUAUAACAAAUACUCUUAGAUGGAGAACAUAGAGUAGUAAAUACUCAUUAUAUA